AUGAAGUUUUGGCGUCACACCAUUUUGAAGCCUUGGCGAAGUUGGAGAACUUUUACAACUGCAAAAGUAACGACAAUAAAAUCAAUUUCAAAAUCAAGAAUUGAGCUUUUUCCCAAUUAAAAAUAAAGUGCAAGUUCGUUCCGGAAGACAAGUAAGUGCUAGCCAGUACAGUUGAACAGAUAUUUGUACCCGUAAUAAUGGAUAAUACAAUUUCUGAGAAAUCGGAGAAGGCUCAGGAGACAAUUCAAGAAAAGAAGUCUGUGGCUGCAUCCAUAGAAGGGUCAUUGGGUGGUGCUAAGGAAGCACACAAGAAGUCGGUCGAAAAGCCACGUGGCACGAUGCCAAGAGGAGAGAAAGCUCAGGAGGCCGACUCCGAAGUCGAUGAUAAGACAAUAGCUGACACCUCAGCAAAGAAAAAGAAAGAGGUGGAGCAUGAAGCUAUUGCAGAGAAGUCCGUGGCUGCAACUAUUGAAGGCGCUUUGGGUGGUGCUAAGGAAGGUCCCAAGAAGUCGGCUCCAGGAACGAAGGUCCAGGGGGCCGAGUCCGAUGUCGAUGUUAAGCCGAUCUUUGCCUCCGCAAAGAUAAAGAAAGAGGUCGAGCCUUAUGGUAUUGUAGAGAAGUCAAUGGCUGCAACCAUAGGAGGGGCUUUGGGUGGUGCUAAGGAAGAUCCCAAGAAGUCGGCUCCAGGAACGAAGGUCCAGGGGGCCGAGUCCGAUGUCGAUGUUAAGCCGAUCUUUGCCUCCGCAAAGAUAAAGAAAGAGGUCGAGCCUUAUGGUAUUGUAGAGAAGUCAGUGGCUGCAACCACAGGACAGUCUUUGGGUGGUGCUAAGAAUGAUUCCAAGAAGUCGGCUCCAGGAACGAAGGUCCAGGGGGCCGAAUCCGAUGUCGAUGUUAAGCCGAUCUUUGCCUCCGCAAAGGUAAAGAAAGAGGUCGAGCCUUAUGGUAUUGUAGAGAAGUCAGUGGCUGCAACCACAGGACAGUCUUUGGGUGGUGCUAAGAAUGAUUCCAAGAAGUCGACUGAAAAGGCACGUGGCGUGGUGGCACGUGGCACUACUUCAGGAAAACCCCAGGCCCAGUCGGAUGUCGACAUUAAGAGGACGUGGACUCGCUGUUUUUUCGAAAGCGAUGAUUUUCUUGAGGACGAGCGUCCAAAAAAGAUACCCAAGAAUGAUUUCGGAUUUCAGUUUAAAAUUCACCGUGAGGUUGCAAGGAAAUUAAAUUUAAUGCCGAAGCCGGUAGUUGAACCGGAAUUUAUAGAAACCGGCCAGCGUCAGAUCAAAACCAUGAACCGACGUGAACUUGAGGAUUUGGUGAUGCAUAUGGUGACCGAGAAAGAGAAGGCCCGUUCUGAGUUCAAUUACAUAAAAGCGGAAUUGUUCAGCGUCGAGAACACACUGGCAAUUUAUCGACGUAAGAUCACUGAGGUAUCGAACCUUUUUGGCGAAAUGCAGGCAAUAGGAAAAAGAGACCGGUACGUCACCGAUCUGGUACGUAAAACUCCGGCUGCCGGCCAAAACGUAAACGGUCAGUCGCACGCUGCGGGCAGUAUGUGCUCGCCGUCCAGUGUAACCUUUCCCACGGUCAGAGCAUGGUUCGAAAAAUCAGAAGGACCAGCUCCGACACGCUUGAUACCAUUCCGCUCUCGUGGUUACGCCAUAGUGAACAGGUCAUCCUUCGGAUUAAAACAAGGCGGAUCGCAGCUAGCAAGGACCAAGGAGGAGGGAUCAUCGAUGGCAGCAUCGAAACCAAUUCCAAAAACGGAAUCCAUCCAGGCAAACGAUCGUCUGGGCCAGGACGCAAGUGAAGCCUUAAAGGAGAAUGAUCAGCCAGGAGGAGAAAGUCAGGCCUCCCUCUAAGAUGCCACGAAGAUCAGUAGAAUUCCAUGGACUAUGAUCGUGCGCCACUGAUCUCGAGCUUCCUCGUUCAUUCUUGGCGUGCCGCUAUCCCUGGUUUUCAUACACACCCAUGUCGUUGAUUUGUUAAAACAAAAACAUAAAAAACAAACAUUAAAGCACAACGGCACAUCACUUAAUUAAGACACUAA